AUUUCCACGCUAAAGUUUCAAUAGUAGCAGUAACACGUGAGGAUAGAGAUACUGGAGUGUGAAUGUAGUUAUUAGUGUUUUUAGAUUGUUAUGGAUUUUUAUUUUGGAAACAGACUUUUACUAUUUCUAAUAUAACGAAGUGCUAUAUCAGCCCUUAAUGUUGUUAUGAGUGAUUUCCAGUAAUAUUCGUCGUGUUAUAGUCCAUAUCUCUAGCUAGUUGUAAUUUAAGUUUUUGUUUUCAUAAAAUAGAGCUCUCUUAACAGGCAGUUAUUUUUUAUUCCGAAAAAUGGAUAAUGCCGAAGGAGCUGUAGAUUUACACGGGGACGAAGAAAUCAUUGAAGUGAUUGACCUUAAUGAAUCGGAACAGACGCCAGAUGACUUGGCUAACGAGAUUGAAGAUGUCGAUUUCGGUGAGGAAGGAGGAGAUUUCGCAGAUGAUGAGGGCUGGCAAACUGAAGAAGAGGACAUGGAAGCUCGACAGGAUGACAGUGAACUCACCUUCUCCAUGCACACAGGAUCUGUGUUCUGUGUGAGUUUAGACCCGGCCACUAACAGCUUGGCAGUCACUGGUGGAGAAGAUGACAAAGCCUUUGUUUGGAGGCUGAAUGAUGGAGAAGUUGUCUUAGAGUGUGCAGGCCACAAGGACUCUGUAACCUGUGCUUCCUUCAGUCAUGAUUCCAAGCUCGUGGCUAGCGGAGACAUGAGUGGCCUCAUCAAGGUCUGGAAGGUGGAAACUAAGGAAGAGGUCUGGUCGUUUGAGGUGGGAGAUCUGGAGUGGCUAGAAUGGCAUCCUUGUGCCCCUGUUUUGCUGGCUGGCACAGCAGACGGUAACGUGUGGAUGUGGAAGAUCCCAGGCGGGGAGUGUAAGACUUUCCAAGGGCCAGGCUGCCAGGCCACAAGUGGAAAAUUCCUGCCCGAUGGUAAAAGGGCUGUAGUUGGCUACGAAGAUGGAGUAGUGAGACUUUGGGACCUCAAACAGGGAAAUUCCAUUCAUGUUAUCAAAGGACAGGAUGGACACCAGGGCCCACUAACCUGUAUGGCCUGCAGUAAAGAUGGAACCCUUGUGCUGACAGGCUCUGUGGAUUGCCAGGCCAAACUUAUUAAUACUGCUACAGGCAAGGUAGUGGGUGUGUUUUCAAUAGAUGAAAAAAAACCCAAAAGCUCAAUGGAUGGGGAGGUUGAAUCUAACUCAGUGGAGUCUGUAGGAUUCUGUAAUGUGUUCCCUUUGGUUGCGGUUGCUUACCUGGAUGGGACUUUGGCCAUCUAUGAUCUUCCCACUCAAAGUCUGAGGCACAGAUGUCAACAUGAGGCUGGUAUUGUCCAUCUGCAUUGGGAGGAGAGCUCUUCCUUAGUGUCUACCUGCAGUUUGGAUGGAGCAGUGAGAAUCUGGGAUGCUCGAUCAGGGAACAUGGUCUCUGAGUACCAUGGGCACACAGCUGAAAUUCUUGAUUUUACACUCAGCAGAGAUGCCUCUUUGGCUGUGACUGCCUCAGGAGAUCACAAAGCCAAAGUCUUCUGUCUUCAGAGACCAGACCGGUAAAAACGCAAGGCUGUCCAGAUACUGAGGUCCAGCUAUUCAUACUGCCAUACUGACAGCUUUACUAUACAACUUUCUUGAGGAGAAGCAUCAAGCUACAAAAGAAAAUAAAAAAAAUAUGAAAUUGUGCUGAAGCAAGCCACUAGUAUCUGAAGUCUUUAUUUUCUUGAUGACAGUAGAAAAGGUUGUUUUAUUUAUUCUCUGCUGAUAUUUGAUUAAAACCAUCAAUUAGUACACAUAAACGUUUGAACUCUACUGUGUGUGUAAAUUAGGAUUUGCCCUUGUAUAUUGAUUUGUUUUGUUUGGGCAUAACAUUUUCAAGAUGGAAGUGGGCUAAAAAGAACAGACUCAUAACUUGAUGAUUUUUAGUUGAUACUCCUGGUAGAUUUCAGGUUGGGAAGAAGGUCCUUUUUGACAUUAAAACUUCUGAUGACAUUUAUAACUGUUUUUGUUUUCAUCUGUUGUAUUUCUUCCACUAGCCUGUCUGUAUGUUCAGCGGCUACUUUAUAUUAUUUAAAUCAGUAUGUCGUGUGCAUUGAAAUAUUAACUUAUGCAAUUCAUCUAGUGAAAAUGUUGAAAUUUCUAAUAUAAGGAAAAUUAAGGUUGAUUAAAAAUCAUUGGAAGAGUGAUGUUUACUUUCACAUUUCCAGUCCUGCAUGACAUAUGUACAACCAUUUUUUGUUAUGUAUCACAUAAAGAUGUGAUUUACAACUUAAUAUAGUCCUUAUCUAGAUGGCCAGAUUUUAUUAAAAUGUUAUUUUUAAAAGAACAGGUCUGAGCUGAUUUAAUUUAUCUAUCCUUUAUUCUGGAUUUCAAGCUUCCAUAUGGGCACUUAAUGUACUGAAACAGCCACACUUAAGUGUUUUUGCCAAAUAGUUUUAUUUUCAAAUUAGGAGAGUUAAAAGCUUUGAAGAAGAGUGGCAAACUGCAUUAAAAAAAUAUUUUAAUUUUA